AUGAAUAAUGCAGAUGUCCCUGGAAUUGGUGAUCAGCCUGAGUUGAAAAGCAGGCUAAGAAAAAGACCUGCUAAGAAACAGAUGACAUUUGACGACUUUAAGAGUAUUAAAGCUGUAAAAACUCAAGAAAAGCCUAAAAGGAUUAGAAAGAAGUCAAAGACGGCUGAGAAGGUUAUGAAAAAAUCGAAAAAAGUUGUCAAGGUAUUGAAGAAAGAUCCUAUUGAAAAUGAUGUCAAUAUUAUUAAUUCUGGUAAUGACAGUGACGAUGACGAUGACAAUGACAAUGACAAUAGUAACGUUGAAAUAAUUAAAAAAACUGAAAAAAUCAAGGACUUAAAACCGGCAACCCACUUAAAAUUAUUGAAUAACUCAAAAAAAAAUUUCAUGUUUAAUAUUCCACUCACUUUAAAACCUGAUUUUAAUGAGCAAAGUAUUUUAAGUUCAAAUUGGUCUCCAAAUUGUGCUUUGACUAACGAGGAAUUCAUAAAAGAAAAUGGGUUGAUUAAUAAUGAUUUCACCUCAAAGUUGAAGAGUAAAUUGAUACCAUAUGCUGGUGAUAUUAUUAAGGUCAUGUCUUUUAUUAAUAAGUUUCAUUUCGUAUUUAGUACAGAAUUGAUAAACAUUUCUUUCCAAGAAUUUGAAAUUGGUUUAAAUUUAUAUCCUGAAGAAUAUGACGAAAAUACUCUGACUGAUGAAAAGCCAGCUUUAUAUGAAAACAAUUUACCACCAAAGGAUAUUAUUAUUGCACAGGAUAAAAUGAAUCUAUUGUUCCUAACAAUGUUGAAGUUAUUAUUCUUACCAUUAAAGACUGACAAUCAACCACAUUUACAUAGACCUUACGCUUCCAUGAAUAAUAUAAGGUCAAAAGAAGCAUUUGUAAAACUAGUAAGAAGUCUACGUUACAGUGUAUUUGGAUGGGGUUUGCCUAAAGAAUGGCGUAUCAAUAAUGCGACAAUUAAUUCAGAAUCUUACAAAAAUCAAGAAAAUAUGGAUGACUCUGAGGAAGAAAUUAAACCUGAAUUAGCUAACUCAUCAUCUACACCCUCAUUGCUAGAUAAUUCUGAAAAAUCAAGUGAUAACGCUCAAAACGAAGAAGAACUACAAUAUGGAAUGCAGAUAUUGGAAAAUAUUCCUGUUUUUAAUCCGCAAUUAGCUAAAAUUGGUAUCUUGGGAUUAGAGCCAAGAGAAAGAAUUAUUUUACUAAGAGCAAUGGUUGAUUGGUGUACCGCUCACUCCCCAAAGAUUCAUAAUGAAAUUUAUCGUCUAACUCAUUUCAAAAAAGAGCCAGCAUUUGGUGUUCCAACCCAGCAUGCUAGUAGAUUUUUGAUAGAUGGUGUCGAAUUGACAUACUUACAGUUUGAAAAACUAUGUUCCCUGUUUAUCAAAAGAUAUGAAAGAAAGCAUAAAAGAAAAGGACAGAAGGGUCAACUCGAUGCCGCAAAGAAGGAAGAGCUAGAAAGAAAAAUGAUAGUACUAAAAGAAAUACAGGAUAUUUUAAAAGUAUGCCCAAAGGAAGAAAAACAAAAAACAUCAGUAUCAUUGUAUAAUAAAUGGAUUGAAAUAUUUGAAGGCGAUAUUAAUGAUAAUCCAUUAAGCUCUCCAUUUGAAGAUGAGCUGUAUAAAAUCAGAGAAAGUGAAUUCUUUGUUGGAAGAAUGCCUAGCGUGGGGGAUUUUUAUGUACCUAUAAUGUCAACUUACUUUGAUAGAAAUUCACCAUUAUCUCUUUAUAAAGAUAUUAGGAAUUUGAACAAAUUAUUUAAAAGGUUCUCAAAGGAUAAUACUGAAACAAAUUCUCUCUUAAAGCAUAUGAAGGAAUCUAAUUCAAAAGACUUUAGAUUAUUUUUCUAUGACACAUACGGUGUUGUUAAUGAUUUGAUAAAUAAUUCUACUUCAGAUAAAACCUAUUGGUAUGAAAUAGCUAAUAAUAGCGAGACAUUAAAAAAUUUUAUUCAAACUUUAGAAAAGCAGAUAUCUGGUUAUAAGUCAGAUGUCAAAGCAUCAAAGAUUAACCAAGAUGACUUUAAACUAGAAAUAUUAAUUUAUCGCAUAGAGAUAUUGAGAGAUUAUCUAAAUGGGUUAUACAGUAUAUUCAGGCAAUUGGAAAUAUUAGCUUCAGAGUUUGCUGAUGUUCAACUAACAAGCAGAACUUUAAGAAGAUCCCAAAGACGUGAUAUCACUACUAAUAAGUAUUAUAAUAAUGGUGGAGGAAGUGAUGAAGAAAUAUUGUCACAGAAGGAAGAAGUGCAUAGUAAAUCGGACGAAGAAACUUAUAAUGAAGAAUAUUUUGAUGAGGAAGAUCUUGCAUUUGAUAAUACUGAUCAAGAAUACGAAAAAACUGUGAAAAGACAGAAGACAGAAACAAGAGAAGAAAGAUUUAGGAGAAGGUUGACAAGUAAGAAUGUACCAUAA